CUUACUCCCCACCUAGAAAGAAGUAAAACGAUGGCCUCACGAGCGCAGCCGAUGAGCCGGAGCACAUCUAGUGCACGUAUGCCAGGCAGUCAGACACGCAUCCCGUUGCUAGGUCGGUCACUCGGUUGGUCGGCGGAGAGCCUCCACCCGCGCCACCUCCAGAGAAAGACGCUCCGGCAUGGCUCCCUAGCCCCUCUCCCCUCCGUCGCCCGCUCCCGCGUCUCGUCGAGGCAAAAACCAAACACAUCAGCAGCGGGCGAGACAGGCCAAACCAACCACGCCGCCGCGAUGGCCACGGCGGCCGUGGCGCGGCACCACCGCGGGGCGCCGUCGCGGUCCGGCGAGCGCUGGCGGCGGCGGCGCCGCGGCGGCAUACGGUGCUCGUCGCCGGCGCAGGAGUUCGCGGCGCUGGCGUCGGUGUUCCGCCGGCGGCUGGUGGUGGGGGCCACCACGGCGGCGGCCGCGGCUGUGGGGGCCAACUUCGGCGGCGUCACGAGCUUCCUGCUGGGGCUGUCGCCGGAGCUUGGCCGCUCGCUCCGCCUCGACGUGCUCUACCCCGUCGGCGGGUUCACGCGCUGCCUCGACUCCGACAACGGGUUCGUUUCAGUAUACAUCUGCUUUCUGCCAGUUUACGGGGUACAUCUGCUUUCUGUGAAUGAUGCAGAAUUCAUCUAUCCGUCAAGUUGGGUUGGAGAUCAGACUUUACUAUACAGAGAAGUGAAGAAAGCAGAAUUGCAAAGAUCACUAGAUCCCCCGCCGAUCGGAAGACCUCCAUCUCGACCUCGAAACAUUAGUGAACCUGUGGCAGCUUUUGGCGCCCCGGGGUCGAAUGGGGAGCUCAACGUCAGUGUCAUUGUCUCACCUGUACCACGAGACUUCUCGAUCGAGGCAUUCGGUGGACCGAAAGAUGUCGGGGAAGUGGUGCUCAGGAGGAUUGCCAGGACAAAGCGAGGUCCUGAUAUCAACGCUACUCUUAUUGAUGCUGCCUUGAGAGAAGAUGCAGUGAACAAUGUGAAAUACUACAAGCUGGAGUUCCGAGUGGAAAGCCCUUCUUUCCGACGGCACAAUGUUGCGGUCUGCUGCGCAAGGGAUGGCAAACUCUACACCUUGAAUGCGCAAGCACCGGAGUCCGCGUGGAAAGCUGUUCAGAAAGUGUUCUUUUCAAUGGCGGAUUCCUUCAGUCUGGUGGUUUAUGCUUGAUGUCGUUGACACACAGUUUUGUACCGUCGAGCCUUUUCGUUUGUAGUGUGUAGCUUCUCAAGCUCCAGACGAGAUACCAUGGUUUCAUUAGAGGACUAGUAGCGAUUAAUGUAUCAUAAAAGUUCUUGUUGCAACCAUGCCUGAAGCUUUCUUCUGCCUAGAGAACCUCGCUAAUCGUAUUUCACGAUGUAGAUCCAGACUUGCUGCCACCAUUUCAUCGAUGAACAAGCAAUUCAGCAUUGUUUGAGAACA